AUGGAGGGCAGAGGACGGAGGGCGCACGCGUGUCAGUGGAGGAACCAGCAGGCGAGGAAGAACAAGUCGUGGGAGAGCGAUGGCUACGUGCUAAUCGAGGGUCCUGCGGUGACGCUGUACGACGAGAGCGGGAAGCAUCUCGGCGCAAAGACGCUCACUGCUCCGCCUGUUGAGGGCGACGAGUUCAAGGUCGGCCAGAAGGACGUGUUGCUCGACGGCCAGAUCUCGAUGUCCGACUUCUUCGCCACCGUGAAAGGCAUCCCCACCGCCUCCGCCGCAACGCCCGCCCGCGCCGUCCCAGGCUUCUUCACCCGGCCCGGCAUGCUUCCCUCCACUUCCACCCCCACCGCUUCAACCUCAACCGCUCAGACUCCUCGACCUGCUUCCGUUGCCCGCCCACCCGCCGCUGCACCGACCUCGUCAAUCGACACACCUGUCUCCGCUGGCAAGGUGUGGAACGAGCAGAAGCCGAAGCUGCAGAAACCGUUCAAGCCGCUCGUGCCGAAUUCGGCGGCGAAGCGCUCCCCCUCGAUGGGUGAGAGUGCGCGGACGGGGACGCCUGGACAGAGCAGACUGAGGGAGAGGGCGGAGCAGGUGCGGACGAAGAGCAUGGAGGAAGACGGGGAGGAGGAGGUUAAGCCUGUCGCGGCGGCGUGGAAGGGAAAGGCGCGAGCCAAGGUUGUCGACUCGGAGGAAGACGAGGCCGAAAACUCCCCGCCCAAGGUCGACCAGACCAGCUCGUCGCCCGCCAAGAAGCGCAGGAGGGUCGACUCGGUCGCGGCUGUUCAGCCGGCUGCGGUGUCGAAGCCUGCCCGCCUUUCGGCCGCUGAUGCGGCGUUCGAGAUGGCGCUCUCGCGGCAGUCUAGCACCGAGUCGAAGAAGCGCCCGCCGAAUCGGACCGUCUCGCUUCCGUCGCGACUGUCGACCUCGACGACCAUCCCGUCGAAGCCCCUUGUCCGCAAGGAUAGCAAGGACGAGGCGAUGGACGACGUCUUCCUCGAUACCUCCGGCGAGACAGAGGAGCUUGCUGACAACUUGUUGGAAGGGAUCGACGACGGGAGCUGGGGAGAUGACCUCGGCGAGGAGGAGGGGGAGAAGAAGCCGGUGGUGCCAGCUGCGGGCCCGAGCAAGGCUGUCGCUGUGCCGGUCAAGCUGAAGAAUCCGAUUCGCGCGCCGGGAACGCCUGCCGGCUCGAGCGGGACGAGGUACUUCUCCUGUCAGUGGCGCAAGCGCACGACAAAGAAGCAGCCAGUCUGGGAAGGCGACGGUAUUCUCGUCGUCAAGGGCACCAAGGUUGAGCUGAAGGACAAAGAAGGCGGAGCGCGCUUGACGGGCGGAACGAUCUCGGCUACGGCCAAGUUGGAGAAUGGCGACCAGCUGCAGGUCGGGAACAUGGUCGUCGAGCUCGAAGACUCGAUCGACGAGCAGACCUACCUUGACGGCGGUCCCUACGACGACUCUUGGAAGUCGUCCUGGGGGCCCGCUCCCGUUCUCAAGCCUUUCCGCCCUCCUGCGCCCGCUAAAGCCGUAAACCCGCUCGCCUCUCGCGUCGCAGCCCGCUCCGCCUCGCCCGUCGUCGAACCCCAUCCUUCACCUCAUGAAACCGCUCGCUUCGCCCUCCCGCCAGCCCUCGUUCCUCUUCCCGCUAAGUUCAAGUCUCCUGCGUUCGUCAAGCAGCCGGUUGUGCAGACGACCCCGUUGAAGGAGCAGGCGAAGAAGAGCGGGCCAAGGUUUGAUCCGCAGAGGGAGGGCGCGGUGGUCAUGCGCAGGCCGGACGAGCAGCAUCAAAAGCAGUACAACACGAAGAACCUGCCUGUCGUCGACGUCGUGAUCGACCCCAUCCUCGGUGACAAGCUUCGCGACCACCAGAAAGAAGGCGUCGCCUUCAUGUACGAGUGCGUCAUGGGCAUGCGGACAGCAGGGCAAGGUUGCAUCCUCGCAGACGACAUGGGCCUCGGCAAGACGAUCCAGGCGAUCACGCUGAUCUGGACGAUGCUUAAGCAAAACCCGUACCAAGGGGACAAGACUGGCGUUGUCGACCGAGCGAUGAUCGUCUGUCCCGUCACCCUCAUCAAGAACUGGAGUCAGGAGAUCAGGAAGUGGCUCGGACGCGACAGGCUGAGGGUGUACGUCGCCGACUCGCAGCACCCGGUGAGGACCUUCGCGACCAGCAAAAACUACGACGUCCUCAUUGUGGGCUACGAGAAGAUCCGCGACUGCGCCGACGACGUCAAGUUCGCCCAGCCGCCGGUCGGCCUGAUCAUCUGCGACGAGGGCCACCGCCUGAAAUCGGAGAAGGCCAAGACGACGCAGGCUUUGCAGUCGCUCUCGUGCAUGAGGCGGGUCAUUCUUUCCGGCACGCCGAUCCAGAACAACCUCGGCGAGUUCUUCGCGAUGAUGGAUUUCGUCAACCCGGGCCUGUUCAACGACGCCAACUACUUCAAGCGCAGCUUCGAGGCGCCGAUCCUCGCUUCUCGCCAGCCGAACGCGACCGCCAAGGCGAAGAAGGCGGGCGAGGAAGCGUUCGAGCUCCUUACCUCGAUGCAGCGCAACUUUGUCCUUCGCCGCACGAACGAGGUCAUACUCAAGCACCUUCCGCCGAAGCUCGAGUAUACCGUCUUCAUCCGCCCGACAAAGCUGCAGGUCGAUCUUUACGCGCAAGUCUUGUCGAGCUCGGCUGUCAGGUCGAUGCUCGAAGGGUACGAGGUUGCGGCCGGUUUGGCGUUAUUGCAGACGGUCGGGAAGCUGGCCAACUCGCCAGGCUUGCUCUUCAAGCACAUCGAGGCGAAAGGCCUCGGUCAGCUCGACCCGUCCGUCAAGGACAUCUUCCCGGCCGGUAUGGACGCAGCCGACGUCGCUCUCUCCGGCAAGUUUCUCCUUCUCGCCGCCAUGCUUGCCGAGUUGCGCGAGACGACCGAGGAGAAGAUUGUCGUCGUCUCCAACUUUACCGCGACGCUCGACCUGAUUGAGGCGUACUGCAAGCGCAAAAAGUACCCGUACUGCCGCCUCGACGGGAAGACGCCUCAGCAGGAUCGCAUCCCGAUGGUCGACGGCUUCAACAGGGGCUCGCACAAGAACAACUUCGUCUUCCUCCUCUCGAGCAAGGGCGGCGGAACGGGCUUGAACAUCAUCGGCGCCUCCCGCCUCGUCCAGAUCGACAGCGACUGGAACCCUUCGAACGACCUGCAAGCUAUGGCUCGCAUACACCGCGAGGGCCAGAAGCGCACCUGCGUCAUUUACCGCUUCUUGACCGUCGGGACGAUCGACGAGGUCAUCUACCAGCGGCAGAUCACGAAGCAGGACGUGAGCGAGGCGGUGAUGGACGCGGAGACGAAGGGCAGGAACACCUUCACGACUGCCGAGCUCCGCAACCUCUUUACCCUGCACGACGACGUCGCGUGCCAAACGCACGAACUGCUCGGAUGUCGCUGCCACUUUGGCGAGAUCGACGAGGACGAGGAGGACGAGCCUGGAAGCGACGAGUCCGAGUCGGAGGACGACGGCGGCGGGUUCAUGCAGGCGUCGCAGUACCAGGACGGCGAAGCUGCUCGACAGGUCAAAACGAAGCGCCGCCACCUCUCUGCGCUCAAGACCUGGACACACUACAACUGCACCGACGAGGCCUCGAUUGACGACAUCGAGGACGGCCUGCUGCGUUCGGCCAUCUACAUGCGCAUGGGCGACUCUGACGAAGACGACGGCGUAAUCGAGCCGCAGGGGAACGGGACGCUCAUCCUGCGCCGCGGACAGGUCGGAUUCGUGUUCGGGAAGAAGACGGGCGCGGACGAGGCGGCGGGUCCGGUGGGAUCCUCGAAGGCGGAGGAGUAG